AUUUUCCAUUUUCCUGGCUGGAAUGACAACAAUACAACUUUUACGCAGCUGAUAAAAUAAAUAAUAUCUUAUAUGCGGAAAGGAUGGGAGACCCUGAUGUAUUGACUACAUUAAAGAUACUCAUCAUUGGAGAGAGUGGAGUCGGAAAAUCCAGUUUGUUGUUGAGGUUUACGGAUGAUACAUUUGAUCCAGAACAAGCAGCUACAAUAGGAGUUGACUUUAAAGUGAAGAAUCUAACUGUAGAUGGUAACAAAACAAAGCUUGCAAUAUGGGAUACAGCUGGUCAAGAGAGGUUCCGUACAUUGACGCCUAGUUAUUAUAGAGGUGCACAGGGAGUUAUCUUAGUGUAUGAUGUAUGCAGCAAAAGCUCUUUCAGCAAACUGGAUGCCUGGUUAAACGAACUGGAAACGUUCUCAACUAAACAUGAUCUCAUAAAGAUGUUGGUGGGCAACAAAAUAGAUCAGCCAAAACGUGAAGUAAGCAAGGAAGAUGGUUUAAAGUUUGCCAGAAAACACCAAAUGUUGUUCAUUGAAGCUAGUGCGAAAACAAAGGAAGGAGUCCAAUGUGCCUUUGAGGAGUUAGUUGAAAAGAUUAUUCAGACUCCAGGCCUUUGGGAAACGGAUACUCGACAAGGGUUUCACAUCUCAGGGAACGAAGCAGGAGGGGGCGGGGCUUGUGGUGGUUAUUGUGUUAUAUGAUGGAUCAUGUGACUAACAAAUGGACCAAACAAAUCAAGGAUGGGAAUAACCAAUGAAUGCUGUUAUAUUUUAGCAGUUUAUGAUUUUAAGAACUCUGUCUAUUUUAGGGGAUUUAGGAAUAUUAAGGGUAGAAAUUUAAAGUGGCAUUUAAACAAAUAUUUUUUGGGAAGAAAGUUUGACAGACUUUGGGAAAUACUUUAAAGAUGGAAAACUUAGACAAUGCAGUAUGUGUAUUUUAUUCAUUAUUACAGAGGUAGAUGUGAAUUUUGGUAAAGGAACCACAAAAUAUAUGUUUACAUGUUAAGAAUGUUCAAUAAGGAUUUGUAACUUAGGUACUCUGUGCUAAUACAGUAACAUAAAGAAAAGCAUACAUUAGUCGGUACCCACAAUGCUUUUGGUCUAAUUCUGUGAUAUUGUUUAAACGUUUCUCAGUUCAUUACCUGACAGCAACUUGAUAUAUAUUAUUUUAUAUUAUGGCUCAACACAAACAUACAAAAUUUCAUUUUGGUCUGUCUUGAUUUUUAUUCAUCAUAAAUCAGCAAAAAGAGGAUGAAUAAUGAUUUGGGCACCAGUACUGGUUAUUCCCAGAAAUCAAAGUCAAGAAUGAUUCAAAUAACUUUCAAUUUUUCGUCACAUGUGGGCCCAAAUUAUAAAAAUAAUUCAAACUUAAACGAAAGAAGUGCAAACUUCACAUAGAAUUAAUUAUUGUUACUGUUGUGUAUUGCAGUAGUGACAUGUCUCUUGAUGAUAUAUGAGAAAAUCUUACCAUGAUGUUACAGUAGUCAGAGCCCUCCUGGUCAAGUGGUAAAAGCCGCUGGCUUCAUAUCACUUGCUUCUCACCACUGUGGGUUUGAAACCUUGCGUAGGGUGUAGAAUUCUUUACAUGUGAGGAAGACGCCAUUCAGCUUACAGAAGGUUGAUGGUUCUACACCAGUGCCUGCUCUUGUCUGGGAUAUUGCUCAAAUGGGCACCUUGGGUCUUCCCUUCACCACCCAAAGCUAGAAAGUUGGCAUUUGACCUAUAAUUGUGUCAGUGGGUUGUUAAAUUAAACCUACAACUAUCAGCAUGAAUGAUAUCCAAGCACUGUCAAAGAUUUCAUAUUUCUUUAUAAAAAAAACUUUUGGAAAUGAGUGAGUGAACUGAACAUAUUGCUUACAUAUAUAAAUUAUAUAAUUCACCAAAAACGUGUUUACUUCACGUCAAAAGGAGAUAUAUAGUCAUCACAUUGUAUGAUUGUGGGUAACGUCUGUCCAUCUGAAACAUUUUAUGUCUUGGCUGUUAGGUUAAAAUGAUUUUGGAUGUUCCGACAGAAAGUAGCACAUAUAUUAAGCAUGAUCAGGUGAUGGGUCAAGGGUUUUGAGUCUGGUCUCUACCAUCAAGGUCAAGGUCUCAGGCAAGUACUCUAACCCAGACAUGGGCAUUUUGCUUCAGGGGCAUUCAUUAAUGACUAAUGAUCUUGUUGAAUUUAUUAUAUGACAUUCUGCACGGAAUAACUUUGGAACCAAAAUAUUAUAACAGUGGUAAAAGAUUGAUUAUAUUAUAUCAGAAUUUUGCAGUGGGAUGUAGUUAUUAAAUCAUGUAAAUCAGCCAAAUGAAUGGAGUAAACAACAAAUAGUCACGGUUGUUUUUUAGCUCGACUAUUCAUAGAAUAGUAGAGCUAUUGGACUCGCCCAUGCGUCGGCGUCCGCAUCUGCGUCCGCGUCCCGAUUUGGUUAAGUUUUUGUAUGUAAACUGGUGUCGCAGCAACCACUUGUGGGAAUGGAUUGAAACUUCACACACUUAUUCACUGUGAUAAACUGACCUACAUUGCACAGGUUCCAUAACUCUAUUAUGCUUUUUUUACAAAAUUAUGCCCCUUUUUCGACUUAGAAAUUUUUGGUUAAGGUUUUGUAUGUAAGCUGGUAUCUUAGUAACCACUUGUGGGAAUGGAUUGAAACUUCACACACUUAUUAACUGUGAUAAACUGACUUACAUUGCACAGGUUCCAUAACUCUGUUUUGCUUUUUUACAAAAUUAUGCCCCUUUUUUGACUUAGAAUUUUUUGGUUAAGGUUUUGUAUGUAAGCUGGUAUCUCAGUACUCACUAAUUGGAAUUAAUUGAAACUUCACACACUUUUUCACUGUCAUGAUCUGACAUGCACAAAGCAGGUCCCAUAACUUUAUUUUGCUUUUUUUCAAAAUUAUGCCCCUUUUUCAACAUAGAAAUUUUUGGUUAAGUUUUUGUAUGUAAGCUGGUAUCUCAGUAUCCACUAAUGGGAAAGGAUUGAAAUUUCACACAUUUGUUCACCGUCAUGAUAUGACAUGCAGUGCAAAGGGUCAAUAACUCAACUUCGCAUUUUACAAAAUUAUGCCCCUUUUUCAACUUAGGUGUUUUUGGUUAAAUUCCUAUAUGUAAGCUGGUAUCUCAGUACCCACUAAUGGGAAUGGAUUGAAACUUCACACACUUGUCCACUGUCAUGAGCUGAUAAGCACUAUGCAGGUUCCAUAACCCUGUUUUGCUUUUUUACUAAAUUAUGUCCCCUUUUUCGACUUCCGUAUUCAUUCAAUCGACAAGGCUGUUGAAUAGUCGAGCGUUGCUGUCCUCCGACAGCUCUUGUUUUAUUAGAUUGUGAAAUAUUUAGCAUAUACAAUUGUUAUAACAGCUUUGUACAUAUGCGUGGAUAUACACACAGAAAUUUGCUUUGAUGCUGAUGUAUGUAGAAGAAUUUUGAUAUAUUACGAUAUAUGUGUGUUACAUAGACAAACCUAUAUUAGACAAGCACAUGUUUACUUUUACCUCACUUUACUGUCAACACAGAUUUAAGGUAUGAAAGAGUCAAUCAAACUUGAUAAUUGUAAAUAGAUUAUACAUCUACAGACCAUUUUUCAGGCACCAACAAUUUAACUUUCCCUAAAAUGGAUUUAGUUAUCUUAUAUCACAUCUUUUACCACUAUAAGUUGGCAAUAUUUGUGAUAGAUAUAUUUGUGAACAGCUGUGAAUAUAUUAUCCAGCAUUAUGUAUCAAAAUUCAAACAGCUACUUUGUUCCAUGCCUUAAAAAUACAACUAAGGCUGUCGACAAUCAAAUGCCCCGAAACGAAGUUACAUUUCAGUGACUAGAGUUUUUAUUGAAUCAGUUUUUUCCACAUACUAUAUUUAAGUGCAUAAAAUAAUUGCUCUCGCCUUCAAGAAGUUUCAUUAUUGUAGAUAGCAUUGGUAAUGUUAAAAUUUCAAAUGCUACCAGUUGCUCUAUCUUCACCUAUGUUUAAGUAUAUUACCACUUCAUUCCCAAAUGUUGUCUUAGGUAUCUGUUAAUGUUUGUAGGGAUAACACCUUGUUUCAUGAUAUUACAAUCUGCAGAAACCUGAGGGAUUACACCAGCAUAACCCGAGGGAUUAUACCAACAUAUCCCGAGGGAUUAUACCAACAUAUCCCAAGGGAUUAUACCAGCACAUCCCGAGGGAUUCUGCAAUUGCUGUAAAAGGAAACAAACAUGCAUUAGUGCUGUCCUAGUACAAAACAUAUAACAAGAUACCAAAGUGUAAUGUCACCACACAAUCAAAGCAGGUUUAGUUUAACAAUUUUAUUAUUAGACCAACGUUUCGGCUUUUACAGAGUAGUACAAAACAUGUCAAAUGCUAAGCUAAAUGACAAUGAUUACUAUAUCGAUAAACCCUAGGAUUCAUUUUCAUUUAUAGUGGUUUUGAUUAUGCAUUUUAGGGCCCUUGCGGCCAUGGGAUGUGUAUAUAUAUGAAAUGUGUGUUAAAAGCAUGUAAUCCUUUAUUUUUCCUGUUAAAAGACCCAUUGUAAAUAACAUUAACAGAGCUUAAUGCUAGGAUCAGGGCUCUCGCGAGUGGGCGACAUGAGCGAAAUAGGCGCUCUAGAACUUCAAACUUCGCUCAAAUCUAACCUCAAAGCGAAAUGCAAGUCGCCCGAUUUUCUUGAUUUCCGCACUCACUAAUUAGUGCUACCCGGACUGUUUACAAUUUGCACGGUGUCAUAUCGAGUGCCGAAUACACAAACACACGCCGGGAGCAUAAUUUAAGCUCCGCCUACUUCAGGUACUUGCGAGAUUUUCCCGAGAAGUGUGAAAGCGAAUCAAAUUAUCCGAUACACCUCGUUGAUUGUGUUCAGCCAAUUAGCGUCGCGUUUACAUCUUUGACACUUCGUUCUUAAUUGUCAACAUGUUUGAGUGCAAAAAGCAAAGUUUUUUUAAAGAAUCUGCUGAUUAACCAUGCGAUUAAUUGGAAUUUGGUACACAAUUAUUUGUUAUCUAUGAUAAAAGAACGACAUGUAAUGUAUAAACUAUGUUUAAAUUGACUUCCAUCGAUGAAUUUAUUUGAAUAUGUAUUUCUAGAUUACACAGUUUACUUUCAGUUUUAUUCGAGUGAGAUACUGACAUUCCUCGGUGAAUGACUCGGUGUUAAUAAUAAACACUUCAUACAAGAUAUAACCAAAAUUCGGCGGGUUACAUUUACAGAAUCGGCUUGAAUUUUGAAAACGACUUUUUUCAGAAUUUUUUAACGAAACAAUAACCACUGUAUGGGAAAUGAUCUAACUAAGAAAUGAAUGGUCACAUCAAUACUUUUUAUCAAGAACAUUACAGCCACCUUUCAAAUCACUCAACAUCAUUGCAGUAGGAAAAGUCUUUCCACUUCUCCCUAAAGUCUCCUCACUUCUCCCUAAAUCAGCUUGAGGGAGAAGUGACUUCUCCCAAAAAAUUGGACCUAGCUAGACCCCUGAGGAUAUGAUGUAAAUGUUUACAUUAAUGCAUUUAAAUGAAGGAAAUGUUAGAUUCAAUUUACUGGUAAGGAUUUUACUUGUAAUAUUUGAUGUAUCUAUUGUUAGAAACAGGCAGUGAUAAUUUCAAGGUGGUUUUGUUUUUGUCUGUUUUUAGACCUUAUUUAUUGAUUAUAUGUCAGGAUUUGUUUUAUUCUACUAACAUACACAUUGGAUAGUGGUGCUGUGUUUUACCUUUGCUUAGGUUUUACUAAAUCUGGCUGAACGUUUUUAAAGAAAAGUUAGGAUAUAUACAUUGUAGUGUCUUGUGGACAACUUCAAGGUCUAAAAUGUUAUUUUAGACAUUAUCUGGGUUUUAAGUUAAUUUGACAUUAAUUUUAGCAAUAGCAACACCUAGAAUGGUGUUAAGAAAUACUGGAAAUAUUAUACAAAGGGAUCAAACGUUUUACUUCAAGAUAACCGAAAUUUUACUUAAAAUGAUGUUUUGUCCACAUGUUUUCGGGACGCGACAUGAAAGUGUUUUCAAGAUAACAGAAAUUUUGCAAGAAGCGAUUUCAAAGUAUCGAUUUUCAACUGGAUAUAUGAUUUUAACAAUUUUUUUAUUUAAAGCUACAAUUCAGAUAUAUAAAUAAAUUCUUAGCUAAAGUGAGUUGCUUUUAGAUCAGGGUUGAAUUAGUGAACCUUGUUCGCUCAAACUCGAUGGGACCGGCAAAAUUUGUUCCAAGUUAUCAGUAGUUCGAAACAUCAAAAGUUGUACAUUAUAUAGGGGUUUUGCCUGGCCCUGAUGAUGAAUUCAAGUAAAGGGUGGUGUUUGAAUUAUCCGAGUCAAGUGAACAAAGUUCAGCUAUAUCACUUUUGCUUAUUUUGACAUCUUCCAAUUUUAUUUUACUGCUUAAUCAGAAUGUUUUAAAAUUUAUUUCUAGAAGUUCUCUAUUUUGAAGAGUUUUUGCGUUGUUUAAGUAUUUUUUCCUUGCUCUAUUUAUGUUUGUUAUGUGUUGAUCAAAGGAUCAAAUGAAUAUCGUACCGAUAGAAAAGAUGCUAGAAAAUUAUGCAAAAUCGAUGUUUGUAGUUAUGUAAUGUCAGUCUUUACCAAGUACCUAUAUAUUUUUACAUAAAGGUGCUUAACAGUUAAUGUAAUGGUAGCCAAGUUUUUAAACUUUUCUAUUACCAACCUGAAGAUGCCUUAUAAGUUACCGAAACCACUUUCUUAAACAGUAACCAUGAUCUAUCACAUUGAAACACCAAUUGCUGUGAGAUUGUUAAUUUUUGCAGACGGUUGAUACAUGUAUUUUGAUGGAAUAUGAAUUUAUGGAUUUCAGCUUUUGCAUUUAAAUGAUGGGAGUUUUCUUUGGGCUUUGAUUUCACGAAUUAAUUCAACCAUGAAAUUCAUUUAUUGAAAAUUAGUUCCCAGCAAAUAUUAAUUAUCACAAACUGUAAAAUGGUAUUGUGAGCUUCGCUUUAUUUAUAAAUAACAUGAAUUAGAUGUUUACCUCUGUGUGAUUUCUGUAAUAUAAUGUGUACAUUGUGUUAUAAAAUUGUGAGUAGAGAGUAGUAUAUUUUUAGCUCACCUGAGCUUUGUUCAGAAUGAGCUUUUAGUAUAGACAGAUAGUAAUGCGUCCGUCAUCCUGCAUUUUUACUUAAACGUCUCCUCUGAAACUGCUGAUCAGAAUUACACCAAACUUGGUCUGAAGUAUACUGGCAUGGAUCUCUCUUAAGUCAGUUCAAAUGAUUCAGCUGGCUACUAGAGCUAAGAUAAGAAGAGAAAAACUUUUCACCAAACUUGGUCUGAAGCAUCCUUUUAUGGACCACCUGCAAGUUGGAAAAUUUUGCCUCAUUGAACAUUUUGUACAUUGAUUAAUAUGAGUUAUAUCUAAGCAACAGUGUUUGUAUGCGAAUGGAUAGACACAUUAUUAAGCAAAAUUGAACAGCUGUUCACAUAAAAUAGCAUCACUCUUCCAGCCCAAUAUAUUCUAACAUUGUGCUACAUAGUAUGAAACUAAACUGGAACUUUAUAUUGUUGUUUGCCUUUAAUCAUCAUGAACAGACUUAAUUUAUAAUUUCCUGUGCUUGAUUUUGGCAAUUGGCCAAAAAUGUGUAUUUUAAAGUCUGAAAUGUACAUGUACAGUUUCUAGAAAUAUUAAAUUAGUAUGGUAGCAAUGAAAAAAAAUUGAAGGCUUGCUUAAAUUGUUUUAUAUGCAAGAAAAAAAUAUUGUACACUCCGACUCAUGUACACCAUAUAUUAUAUUUGAACUAAUGGUUAUGUCACUCAUGAAAAUAUUGCAUUUGGUGUUCACUUAACAAAAGAUAUUUUGAUUAUACACGGAAACAAAUAACCUCUGUUUAAUCAAAAUGACAAGUUGAUUCUGACGUUAUAGUUCCAAACACUAUUGUAUGUUUCGUGACUUUGGUUUAAGCUUGGAGAGGUCCUGUAUAUUACUAGUAACCAUUUCGAGACUUCUGUAGAUUCUUUCACUUGUUUUGUUAAUAAACUAUGUACAGGUUGUUAAAUUUAUUUAUUUUAAACUUACUUUACUCUUGCCAAUUUUGACAAGCUCUGGAUUGCGACAACAUUUCGUACUCGAGCUGACUUCACUGUAGAUUUUGUGAAUCUUACGGUAGUUGACCGGUAAUGACAAUCGGAAGUCUGUCUGAUUAAACAUUUUCCGUAGCAAUUUCGGUAUUCUCCAGUAUGAACAGAAAGCAAGGUGAAUAACAUUACCAUUGGAAGAAUCAAAAAUGCCGUACAAGAAAACGUUACUGCAAGGAAAUUAUCAAUUGCUAUAAUGGGUCUGCUACUUCAACUGAAGUUUAACCCGUACCCUGCUAAAUUUCUAAAAUGAACUGGUCCAUCAUUCAGUUUGAGCAGCAUCACUUAUUAUUUAAAGGGGUGUUCACUGAAAAUUUACUGACUGAAUAGCGAACAGUGCAGACCAUGAUCAGCCUGCACAGACGUGCAGGCUGAUCUUGGUCUGCACUGGUCGCAGAGGCAAAAUCACUUGCCGCCAGCAGGCUAAGGGUUAAUGAAACUUGAAUUCUUUUAAUUCAUGUAGGUUUUGCUCUUACGUUUCUGUAUACAAAAUUAAGUGAUCGGAAAUUCACAAGUUUUUGAAGUUCUCCGCUGCUGUACAAAAUACUGGCAAAAGAAAUUACUAAUUGCAGUUACAAAAGUUUAGCCACGGUCACUAAAAAAAGCUAAGAUACAGCUGAAUCAAGCUAUGCACAAAUAUUGAAGCCUAGUUUUAAACGACUACCUUAGAAGACAGCUUGUUAUGUAACAUUCAUAAAGAACUACACUCAUUCUGAAUACCAGUCAUUUCAAAGUAGAUUACUUUUAUUUCUGAGAGAAAAUUAUUAUUUUAUGAUUUGUGACUGUUAUAAGAAAAGAUGUAUGUAUUUGUUUUGAAUCUGGCAAAUUGUUCAUGAUAUUUAGUGUAUAUUUUAAAGCUUUCAAAAUAAAAUAUAUAUAACUAUUAAA